CUACGCCCAUUUUACCUAAUUAACUUUACUAGACUAGACGAGAGCUGAACUAAAAAGAUAAAGAGUGAGGCAGGAUCAAGAGAGACACUGACGACAUUGCUUGUGGCUUCAGCUAACAAGAUAUUCAUCAAAGCAAAGAUCACUACAAGCUUGUGAUGGCGGAGCCUUCAGACGAGGGUGACUUCCUCCAGGCUAUAGAGCGUUUCACAGAGGCCAUCACACUCAACAGAAACAACCACCUCCUCUUCAGCAACCGCUCUGCAGCGUACUCAAGAGUGGGCAAGUUUAGAGAGGCUCUUGAAGACGCUAAGAGAUGCCACGAGCUCAAGUCAGACUGGCCUAAGAGCUACUAUCGACUGGGGGUUGCCUACCAAGGCCUGGAGCGUCAUGAAGAAGCCAUGGUGGCCUUUGCGGAGGGCUUAGUAACAGACCCUAAACAAGCUCCAAUGUUACAUGGAAUGACUGAGUCGAUGUUGAAAUCACGCUACAAAGGAAACUUUCAGCCUAAGUUGGAGAAGUUUGAGAGCCUCAAAUUGGACAAGAAUCCGUUCAUCAUCACCUCCGUAAUCGGUCAAGAACUUCAGUCUGCAAACAAAUCCGAAUAUGCCGUACGAAUACUCGAAGCAGCUCGUGCUAUCGGCACAGACAGCCUGAAACUGGAAGCCUCGCUCAUGCAAGCCCUCGGGCGUGUUCACUGGUUGCUAGACAACACGGACAAGGCGUUGGAGUAUAUGGAGAAAGAUUUAAAAAUCAAUGAAACACUCGGAGACGAAAUUGGUUGCUGUCGAGCCAGAGACAAUCUCGGAAUCGCUUAUUUCUCUCUGGAACGGUAUGAAGACGCUAUCGCUCACCAUACAAAGCAGUUCAAUUUGGCCCAGCAAAGAGGUGAUCCUUUAGAGGUCGUGAACUCUCUUACGCGACUUGGAAAUGCACUUACAAAACAAGGCAAUUAUCCGCACGCUAUAAAGGUGUACAAAGACUCGUUAAAGGUUGCCAAGGAUAUCGGAGACCAUAGCUUAAUCGCAAGGGCUUUCAGUAACCUUGGGUGUACAGUUAUGAGCAACAACGACGUGGACAAAGCAAUCGUAUGGCACCAUCAACAUUUGAACUUUGCCAAAGAAACUAGCAACAAACUAGAAGAGGCUGAAGCUUACGGACACUUGGGACACGCUUGUCAUGUCAAAGGGAAUUACGAACAGUCGAUGAUGUUUUAUCAGCAACUGCUCUCUGUGGCUGUACAACUCAACAACAUGACCCUCAAGGCACGAGCAUACGGUGGUAUGGGACAUGCUAACAGAGCUAUGAACAAUCUAUGGCAUGCUCAGAGUUGUCGGGAGCAACAGUUGAAGUUAUGUCGUGACAUUGUGGACGAUGAAGGCGAACUUGCGGCACUGAGUCACCUUGGACACAUUCACAAGGCAUCUGGAAAGAUUUCCCAAGCCAUGCAGUAUUAUUCCGACAGUCUUGCUCUGGCACAGAAACUCAAAGAUCGACCAGCGGAAGGACGAGCAUUUGCUAACCUAGGGAGUUGCCACAUUGCCCUAGGCAAUUACAGAGAAGCUGUGGGCUAUUACGCACAAGAACUGACCAUUUCCCAGGAGACAGGCAACAAAGCAAGAGAAGCCACCACCUUGGGACACCUUGGUACAGCUUAUUUGGCUCUAGACGACCACGAACGAGCUCUGGAACAUUUGAGAAAAAGCCUCCACUUAGCCAGGGAGAUUCAGGAGCGACCUGUUGAAUGUCAGGCUCUAAGCAACCUCGGAACAUUUCACACCACAAACAAAGAGUAUCGCGAAGCCCUUCCCCACCUAAACCAAGCGUUGAAGCUCGCACAAGAGUUGAAAGAUCAUGUCACUGAAAGCAAGGUGUGUCACAACCUAGGACUAUGCCACGAAGCACUAGGUAACCAUCAGCAAGCUGUGCACCAUUACCAACACGACUUCAUGGUAUCCAAGGAGGCACAAGACAAAGAAGGUAUGACUAAAGCUUGCGAAAAACUGAUGAAAGCAUAUGUUGAAAUGGGGGACAGAGAACAAGCUGAAAUUUAUCGAAAGAAACUUCACGCGAUUGCAGAAGAGAUACAAAACUCUUCUGGAAAAUGUACAUUCUGGAAUCAAAUUGCUGAAGAUGCACUCGACUCGGGUGAUUAUGACAAGGCCAUCGAAUAUUACGAGAAUCUCUUGAAAGAAGCGAAGAAGGAACAGCAACAAACGUUUGAAGGCCUUGCCUACAAUGGCCUCGGAAACUCGUACCUCUCUAGGGGCGAUUAUGAUCAUGCACUCAGUUAUCAUCGACGAGAUCUGACAGUAAGGAAAGCGACAGGUGACAUUGCUGGCGAAUGUUUGUCAUACGGAAACAUGGGAGCAGCCUACAAUUCUCUCACACAACACCAACAAGCGAUUGAUUGCUAUGAGCACCAGCUAGCUCUAGCAAAACAACUCAACAAUCCCAUUUUCAAGACAAAGGCGUACGGAUGUCUCGGUAUUGUUCACCGCAACAUGAAGGGGUUACAGAAAGCCUUACACUACCACCAACUCCAAUUAUCCAGUGCUCUCACACUCAAGGAUAAUAUCCAAGAACAAGCAAGUGCGUAUGCCAACCUUGGAGAUUCAUACGAAGCCAUUGGAGAUUAUGCACAAGCGGUCAAAAACCACGAUCAGCAUUUGAUGCGUGCACAAAGUGCCCAAAACGAGAUGAUGCAAAUUCGAGCUCUAAGCAGUCUUGGCCGGGCACACAGAGGUCUCGGGAACCUCAGACGAUCUUUGUUUUUCUUCGAGCAGCAACUUAAACUUGCCAGAAACAUUGGUGAUGAGUACAUUGAAGCCGAGUGCUACGCCGACAAAGGUGGUCUUCAGAUGUACAUGGGAGAGUAUACAGCUGCUCUGGAGUCAUUUUCUCAACAACUGACACUUUCGAGGAGUCUAGACGAUGCCUUCAGUGAGACCCUUGCUGCAUGUGGCCUGGGGGAGGUACACGCAAGACUGGGAAAUCAUCGCGAGUCUAUCGACUAUCACAAACUGGAUUUGCGGAUAUCGAGUGUAAAUCGUUUCGUCGACGGAGAAGCCCGUGCCCUGGGGAACAUUGCUGAGACGUACGAAUCGAUUGGAGAGUACAAAAGUGCCAUAGAAUACAGAGAGAAACAGCUAAGUGCUGCCGAUCAACUUCAUGACUCCUUUACAAAAGCUAUUGCUUUUACCGGCCUUGGAAAGAUCUACAUCAAGAUGAGCGAUUGCAAUCGAGCCAUCACUCUCCUCAAGCAAGCUCUCAGUCUUGUGGUUGAGCAGACCUCUAAAGCACAAGAGGAGCAACAGACACAAACGGAAAUUGAAGCAGAAGCAAAAAUUCGAUUCUACCUCGGUCAAGCAUUCUACUAUCAGUGCCAUUAUGAUGCCGCUUUGGUCUACUUGCAAAAAGCACUACCCCUCUUCGAGCACAUGAGACACAAUGUUGGUCACUACGAUCACGCUACGAAGCAAACCCUCUCUCACUAUUCUAUCCUGUUCCAAACGCUGGUCAACACACUGGUCAAACUGGGCAAAGUCGAGGAAGCUCUUGAAAUGGCAGAGAUGGAGAGAAAUCGAGCCGUGUCCGAUGUACUCAUGCAUAGAGAGGUGAACAGGCAGACACUGAAAGAUUGUGGAUUGAUGAAGCAAUACUCUCCCAACUCGAGUUGGAUUCAAGAAGCAGUGGACACUAUUCAAUCACCUGUACUCUACUUCUCAGUGGCUUUGAACCACGUCUUCAUCUGGCUACUUCACCCCAAGAGUGGAAUUGUCCAAUUUCAGAAAGUAGACAUGACCGAUUUCAACUUCUCUGGUGGUUCGGACACAGCUUCAGUGUACAGUGAGACAAGCUCCUCCUACAUACAGCCUCUUAUCGAGAGUGUAGCAUCUGUUCGAGAAUCACUGGGUGUGGAGCAACGUUACCGAAUGGGAAAGAGCGUCAGUUCUGGAAUCUCCGACGAUUUCGAUCUCGAGGACAAUGAGUCUCUGCUGGGUUCCAAUUCCAGUAUUCCCAUACCCCGUAUGGGUGGUAGUUUGAUGGGCAACCGACUUGAAGUGCCACAGGGCAAAGGGAUAAAAGCGAUCAACAUGCAACCAGUACACGAACUUUACGAUAUUCUCAUUCGCCCGUUGGAAUACGCCCUCCCUAAGUCAAAGAAAGGAAGCUCUGGACUAUCGGGCAAACUCAUCAUUGUACCAGACAAAGAUCUCUACCUUGUCCCAUUUGCACUGCUCAAGAGCGAGGGAAUGAGUGAAUGUUUCUACGAGCGAUACAGGCUGCAAUUCUCACCCUCUCUUCAAUCACUUGUGCUCUCAAAAUCACGCUCCAAGAUGCCUCUUAGAAAUGGCUCCACUUCACCAAAAGGACGUUCGAAAUCUCCAUCUUCUGAAAGUAUGGUGUCGAAUUCUGACCACUCAAUGAAGGCUGGUGACUUCACUGAGCCGCUGAUAGUGGCCAACCCUGCUGUACCUGCCGGACUAGGCAACUGGCAACCAAUGAGGGGAAUCGAAAAAGAAGCUAAGUUGAUUUCAGAUCUCUUACAAGUUACACCGAUGAUCGGAAGUAAAGCCUCGAAAGACAGACUCGUAAGAAAACUACCGCGAGCUGAAAGUGUACAUUUUGCUUCACAUGUGUCGUGGAAUCGAUGUGAGAUUAUUCUAGCUCCUCCCGACAACGCAGCCAGUGACUCGGAAGAUUCUGAACAAAGUGGUCGAUUGAGCGGAGGGUCAAAGAGUAGCCGUGGGAGAGGAGAGGGGGAGAUGAACGGACUACCUGACCCCACCCAGUGCAUACUGAGUGUCAGUGAGAUCAUGGCUAUGAAGUUAUCAGCCAAGAUGGUGGUGGUGAGUGGAGCCCACAAGAGUGACUCUCCGAGGAUGUCCUACAAAGGGCUAAUGAGUCUAGCCCAAGCCUUCAUAUCGGCCGGUGUGGACUGCGUACUUGUUCCCCUCUGGCCCUCUGGCUAUCAGGCAUCGAGGCUCAUGAUGAACGCUUUCUAUAGCAGCCUCAUCUAUGGUAGCCGGGCAAGCAGGGCUCUCAGAUAUGCUAUGCAGGUUGUUCACACGAGCAGCAAGUACGGACACCCCACCAACUGGGCGGGCUACAUGUUGGUAGGCAAGGACAUUGUGCUCAGAGACAGAUCAGUAGAGCUAGCGCUAAGCGUGAGGUCAAUGGUUCAAGCUCCACUGGACCACCUCCUCUCAACACUGCGAACACUGCAGGCCAUGCUGGUAAACUCAAUGAAGCGUAUCUCUCAAUCUGAAGGCUCUGUGGAACCCAAGUACACCUCCAGAGAUUCGGUAGUGUCAAAGGUCGGCUCUGUACGAGGAUGGCAAGAGCUGCUAACAUGUACUGGCUUUCACUUCAUUGGAGCUAUGAAGGAAGUCCCGGCAACCAUUGUGUUUCCAGAGCACGAUGACUCGGGACUGCAGAGAAAGGCACAGAAACAUCUAGAGGCGUUGCUAGGCAUCCCGGUCCAGUCACUGAAGGCUCUCUCCACUCUGAGCCGACACCCAGGCGUUGCUAAGGGACUACUGACCGCUCUGCAACAUGGCAAGGUACUACUGGACAGUCCCAACGACAGCAUUCAACUCAAACUAGAUAAACCUGUCUGGGCUACGUCUGGAUGCAGCGAGUUCUUCCACCAUCUGAACUUUGAACCCUCUAAUCAUUUAGACCCCCACGGCGAUAGAGUGAUGGUGUCAGCACCAGCUGUCAAACUAGAGAGGAAGAUGCUCCACUUUGCUGCCACCUCUAUCUCAGCUGUGUUCGGCCCUGAGCACUUACUGGAGGGCAAAGGUUCUUUGCCUACUAAGUUGAAGACAGAACUGUUGUAGAACCUGCUAAUCAAUCAUCCAUUCCACCCUUGUGCUAUAAUAUAUAUUGUUGCUCUCUGUGAUGUGCAUACAUGUACUUCUCUUUGUGUUCAUGUCAAGACAAGAUUGUUUGGUCAUUAUG